AUGCCGCGCCUGUUUCUCAUCCGUCAUGGGGAGACGGAAUGGUCGCUGAACGGUCGUCAUACUGGGCGUACCGAUAUACCUCUCACGAAGCGUGGGGAAGACGAUGCUCUCCAGAGGGCGCAGACACUAGUCGGGUCCGGCAAGGUCCUCGAUCCUGCUAACCUGUGUACAGUCUACGUCUCGCCACGUAUCCGCGCGCACAAGACGUUCCAUCUCCUUUUUGACCAUCUUGACAAGCUUCCUGAUCACGUCAUCACUGAGGAAGUCAGGGAGUGGGACUAUGGCGAGUACGAGGGUCUCCUCCCGUCUGAAAUCAAGGCCAAAAAUCCCAGCUGGGUGAUUUGGAAGCACGGGUGUCCCGGCGGCGAAAGCGUAGAGGAGAUGUGCAUGCGCGUCGACACUGUGAUUCAGAAGGUGAGGGAGCAUCACAGGAAAUACCUUGAAGAAGGAACCGUGUCGCGCGACGUCGUUAUCGUCGCGCACGGUCAUUUCAAUCGCGUGGCUAUAGCGCGCUGGAACCGAUUCCCGCUAUCCAUGGGCACCCAUUUCAACGUCGAGCCUGCAGGUAUGGCUGUCCUAAGCUACAACCACCGCAACCUCGAUGAGCCCGCUUUGAACGCCCUAAACCUGUAUGCCCAAGUUACUUGAACGUCAGUUACAUGCUAUGUUGGCCGUGUCCUGUAUAUAUCUCUAUUAGUAUGGUGACGAAUCGGACGAUAGACACU